AUGGAGAGCAACCAAUUCGACCUCUCGCUCGGCCUGAAUGGUACCCACGUCGUUGUCACCGGAGGCGCCGGUUUGAUCGGGAGUGUUGUGGUGAAAGCGUUCAUCGCAGCGGGAUCAUCGGUCUCCUCCCUUGACAUCAGGCACGACAAAGUGACACGAGUCUCGGAGCAGCUGCUAGAAAUCGAGGCCGACAUCUCGUCCACCGAAUCAAUGCAGAGAGCUUGGGCAGACGCGGAACAUAGUUUUGGGCCCGUCAUAUGUUGCGUUGCGCUCGCGUCCCUCGACCUAAGCGUGCUGCAGCACCACGACAGCGCCGCAGACAUGUCGCUAGAGCAGUUUAAGCGGACUAUGGAUGUCAAUGUGGGCGGGACUUUCCUGGCUGCAAAGCUGUGGCUCCAGGGGUUGAGGGAACAGCGAGCUACUCGGGGCAGGGCUGAAGAAGAUAGGAAGAAGAACCGGCCGCAUGAGGAGAACCCCUGGAGGAACGUGGGGUUAAUUAUGGUGGGGAGUGAGAGUGGCUGGUUCGGCGAGAGGUCGAAUGCCGAUUAUGCGGCGUCGAAGAGCGCGGUCCAGGUUGGGUUGUUGCAGAGCUUGAAGUCUGAUGUGCCCAGGGUCUGGCCGGGUGCGAGGGUAAACGCGAUUGCGCCAGGUCCUGUGGAUACAGCACGGUUCAAAGAGGAGUGCAAGCAGGAUCCCAACCAGUACUAUCUCGAUGCGCAAGCCACUACCGCGCUGUGUAAACCGGUCCCUGUCGAGGCAGUUGCAAGAAGCAUCGUCUUCCUGGCGAGCGAGAAAUGGUCUGGCAAUGUCCAUGGCCAGGUUCUUAAUGUCGACUCAGGGAAGCAAGGCAAACUCAUGUGGUCACGAGACGAAUGUUCUGCUUGA